GCCGUUGUGACGGCCCAUCCCCUUUGCGCUGGUUCACGCAUUGACGCCUUCUCCUUCCGUUUCUUUGUCCUCUCGCCGCUAAUUAACGCCGUCUCAGGUGCAGCCGCCGCCUUUAGGCGCCGUGAACGUAACCCUAACGGCAUCUAUUAUGGCGUCGUGUGAUGACGACUUCUCUCUCCUAGGCGAGGAUCAGUCAAACCCUAAUCAACAACAUCACCACCACCAAGUUCUUCAUCACGCGCCGUACGCUCCUAGGCGAUUCACCCCGAAGCCCUCGAACCAGAUCCUUGUGCCGCAUCAACAGAGAAACGGCGACGAAGACGACGAGAACGAAGUCGUUGUCGAGGCUUCUUCUGCCUUUCACGGUGUAAAUCCCUUCUCAGCGGACGAGAAUUCGAAUCCGUAUGAUAACAACGCAGCUGUCGACGGAGACGAGGAACUCGAUGCGAACAGAUCCAGAAUCGGGGGUCUUCGUGUGGAGAAGAGGCAGAGUCAGGAGGAGCUUAGUGACGGAGGAACAACGAAUGGCGGUGAGAACACACCUUACGGUAGCUUCAAAAGGCCGAGGACAUCGUCUUCCUCCGCCGGUGAGUACAGGAAGGACAGGGAAGAAUGGAGCGACGCGGCGAUCUCGUGUUUGUUAGAUGCGUACUCGGACAAGUUCACACAGCUCAAUCGAGGGAAUCUGCGGGGAAGGGACUGGGAAGAGGUUGCUUCAUCGGUGAGCAAGAGGUGUGAAAAGCUGAUCAAGAGUGUAGAACAGUGUAAGAACAAGAUCGAUAAUCUCAAGAAGAGGUAUAAGCUAGAAAGGCACAGGAUGAGCAGUGGAGGAAUAUCAGCUAGCCACUGGCCUUGGUUCAGUAAGAUGGAAGAGAUUGUGGGCAAUUCCUUGGCCACAAAAGGUGCGUCUGAUGAAGAUAGAAGUGGCAGCUCACUGGGGAAUGCUGUGAAACCAGCUAAGAGGUAUCCCCUGGUAACAUAUAGCCCUGGAGUUCAGAUAAAUAACGUAAAAUCCAAGGCUACAUCAAACCCUAGAUGGCGAAGAGUGGUUCUCAAAAUCAGUGGUGCAGCUCUUGCCUGCACGGGUCCUAAUAACAUUGAUCCCAAGGUCGUCAAUCUGAUUGCUAGAGAAGUUGCAAUGGCUUGUCGUCUUGGUGUAGAGGUAGCAAUAGUUGUUGGGAGUCGGAACUUUUUUUGCGGUGGCACAUGGAUAACUGCUACGGGUAUGGAUAGAACCACUGCAUAUCAUAUCAGUAUGAUGGCGUCGGUGAUGAAUUCUGUUUUACUGCAAUCGUCUCUGGAGAAAAUGGGAGUUCAGGCACGAUUACAAACUGCAAUUGCGGUUCAAGGGGUCGGGGAGCCUUACAAUCGUCAACGAGCCACCCGACAUCUGGAUAAAGGCAGAGUGGUAAUAUUUGGUGGCAUUGGUGCUACGCUUGGAAAUCCACUCUUAUCAUCUGAUGCAUCUGCAGCCCUUCGAGCUAUAGAUAUAUUAUCAUCAGUUAAUGCAGAGGCAAUGGUGAAAGGAACAAACGUGGAUGGUGUUUAUGACUGCCAUUCACAAGAUAGUAACGUCACAUUCGAACACAUAACAUUUCGCGAGUUGGCUUCUAGAGGUCUCACAACGAUGGAUACAAUGGCCCUUAACGUAUGUGAAGAGAACAGCAUUCCAGUUGUGGUAUUUAACUUUCUGGAAGCUGGGAACAUUACAAAGGCAUUAUGCGGAGAACAAGUUGGUACUCUGAUCGAUAUAACCGGGAGGGGUGUGAGUUAGUAUCUGCCUUCACUAAGACUUCCCCAAUAAAAAAAUAAUUAGUGUAAAUUCUUAAGGAUAAUAACCUUUGCCCCACAUAUCAAAUGAUAUAUUUACUCCCAUUAACUUUUUUUUUUCUAUGGUUCACUUACUUUAUUUGAUC